AUGUUUUUAAAAUCAAACAAAUUCCUUUCCCUCCACAAACCCUUGAACUUUUCUCACAAUAAUCUCUUCAAUUUUCUCAACAAACCCAAUCGCAUUUGGCUCCUCUUUUCAACCCAAUCCGUCUCCUCUGUCGCCGUUAAGAAAUCAAUUGAAGAACAACUCCAUCUCCCAACCUCAAAACUAGACAUCUCCACCUACAUCAAGCUCUUAGAUUCUUGUCUCAAAUCCAAAUCACAUCACCAAGGCAAGAAGAUUCAUGAACACAUCCUUAAAAACAAUACCCAUAUCACCAAUCCGGUCCUACUUGAAAAAUUAGCCCUCUUGUACCUUUCGUGCGAUGAAACCGCCACCGCCCGCCAUUUGUUUGACAAAAUCCCCCAGCCAAAGAUUUUCCUAUGGAAUGCAAUGAUCCGAUCCUAUUCUUGGAACGGACCCUUUGAUAAAGCCAUCGAGAUUUACCAUCGUAUGUUAGAAUCGGGCGUUGCCCCUAACAAAUUCACUUUCCCCUUUGUUCUCAAGGCAUGCUCGGGUCUUCUUGCAUUGGAUGAAGGCAUUGGGAUUCAUAAUUAUGCGAAGACGGUUGGUUUGGAUUCGGAUGUCUUUGUAGCAACUGCUUUGAUUGAUAUGUAUAUGAAAUGUGGGGUCUUGAAUGAUUCUCGUGUGGUAUUUGAUGCAAUGGAGAAGAGAGAUGUGGUUGCAUGGAAUGCUAUGAUUUCUGGAUUUUCUCUUCAUGGGCUAUAUGAUGACACGAUCAUUUUCCUUCUGGAAAUGCAAAGGUCUGGGAUUUGCCCAAACUCUUCAACCAUAGUAGGACUCCUCCCUGUGGUUGGACAAGUAAAGGGUUCGAAACAAGGGAAGAGCAUUCAUGGAUUUUGCUUAAGGAGAGGUUUUGAUAGAGUAGAUGUUUCGGUUGAUACUGCGUUAUUGGAUAUGUAUGCCAAAAGUGAGCUCUUGCAUUAUGCUUGUAGAAUUUUUGACAUGAUGAGUUUUAAGAAUGAGGUAACUUGGAGCGCAAUGAUUGGAGGCUAUGUGAUUUGUGAUAAGAUGGUCGAGGCUCUAGCGAUUUUCGAUAAAAUGAUUAACGACGCACCUGAGAAUGUGGGACCCACCGCCCUCGCUUGUGUUAUUCGAGCUUGUGCAAGAUUAGCCGACGUGGGCAAAGGAAAGGGGAUACAUUGUUACUUAGUUAAAUCUGGGUUUCUUGUGGAUACAACAAUUGCAAAUUCUCUUUUGUCGAUGUAUUCCAAAGCUGGAAGUAUGGAUUAUGCAAUGCAGCUCUUUAAUGAAGUCGAACCUAAAGAUACUGUUACUUAUAGUGCCAUUAUAUCAGGAUGUGUUCAUAAUGGGAAUGCAAUGGAAGCAUUUAAUCUCUUUAAAAGGAUGCAAAUUGCUAAGAUAGAGCCAGAUAUUGCUACUAUGGUCGGAAUUCUCCCAGCUUGCUCUCAUUUAGCUGCACUUCAGCAUGGAAAAUAUAGCCAUGGAUCAGUAAUUGUUCGUGGAUUUGCAUCUGAUAUCUCAGUUUGUAAUUCUCUUAUUGACAUGUACGCCAAAUGUGGGAGGAUUGAUUUUUCAAGAGAAGUCUUCAAUCGAAUGCUUAGAAGAGAUAUUGUCUCGUGGAAUGCUAUAAUUGCUGGCUAUGGAAUUCAUGGGCUUGGCAAAGAAGCAAUCUCAUUGUUUAAAACUAUGGAAAUCAAAGGAUUAAUACCCGAUGAUAUCACAUUUGUGUGCCUUAUAUCAGCUUGCAGUCAUUCCGGACUUAUCACUGAAGGGAAACAUUUGUAUCAGACUAUGAUCCAGGCUUAUCGUAUUAUACCAAGAAUGGAGCAUUACAUUUGUUUUGUUGAUCUCUUGGGUCGGGGAGGUCUUUUGAAUGAAGCAUGGGACUUUAUCCAAGGCAUGCCAUUUAAACCCGACGUCAGAGUUUGGGGAGCAUUGCUCGGAGCUUGCAGAGUUCAUAAAAACAUCGAGAUUGGAGAAGAGGUUUCAAGAAUAAUACAAAAUAUAGGGCCUGAAGGUACUGGUAAUUUUGUUUUGUUGUCUAAUAUGUACAGUGCUGCUGGAAGACAUGAUGAAGCAGCAAGAGUGAGAAUAGCGCAAAGGGAGAAGGGAUUCAAGAAAAGCCCGGGAAGUAGCUGGAUUGAGAUUGGGGGAAUUGUUCAUGCUUUUAUUGGCGGAGAUCAGUCUCAUCCUCGGUCUUCGAGUAUAUAUAAAAAAUUGAAGGACUUGUUAGUUGAGAUUAGGAAAUUAGGUUAUCGAGCUGAUACUAGUUUUGUACUGCAAGACGUGGAUGAGGAAGAGAAGGAAAAUGCACUUCUUUUCCAUAGCGAGAAGCUAGCAAUAGCGUUUGGGAUUUUGAGUUUGAGUUGUGAACAACCUAUUGUUGUUACAAAGAAUUUGCGUGUUUGUGGAGAUUGUCAUACUGCAAUAAAGUUUAUCAGUUUGGUUGAGAAAAGAACAAUUACUGUGAGAGAUGCUACUCGGUUUCAUCAUUUCAAAGAGGGGGUGUGCAACUGUGGCGAUUUCUGGUGAUGGGUAAUGAGCGAGGAAAGUCGAUGGAAAGGAUGAAACUUAUGAUGCCAUUCGUUCUCUCUCACUUACUUGAACCGGGAUAUCCGCAACUGGAGAGUUUGGUUGCAGAUGACGGCAAAGUUCGCAUACUAUUGUAUGAUAUCCACACCUUGUGCAAGGAACUUUGGUGGAGAGCUUGGCGUAAAAAAUUGACCAAAUCGAAAGAGAAUCAGAGGGAGCCUGUUGCAAAAUAGAACACACAAUUGGAUCAGAUUAGAACAAAGGUUACAGAUAUUAAACUUUCAGUGUUAAAUUGAAAUUUAUGUUGAUUUCUUCUCCCAAUGGUGUACAUAUUGACCAUGUAAGAUGCCUGAUAUUUAAAAUAAAAAAAAAAGUCAUCUAUAUUGUUACAUGAACGUGAUUAAGCUAGAAGAACAAAGGUUUCAUGAACAGAAUACUUAAUAAUCGAAAGCAAAAAAUAAGGAUGCGAUACUUAUCUAAUGCCUGAAAAUAGCACAAACAAUAUUGGCAAGCACGAGGUUUCGAGCAUUUAUCUUGUAGCAAGACUGCAUGAGAAUGAAAAACAAGCAAGAAGCCAAAUAACAUACAAAUUGGCUAAUUUAAUCCAAAUAAGGUCAUAUUACCCGCGACAAAAUAGUUUUCCUUCACACAGAACCAGAGAUAUUGGCUUAACAUAACAGGAAGAAAAGCAAGUAAAAGACCACUACAACGAUACGAUACAAUACUCGUAAGAAAUUCAUACCUGAAAACACUACAGAAAUCAUGCAAAAAAAAAAUCACAAGAAGUUUAUAAGACAAGCCAGUAGGUCUUAUAUAAGAUUCGAGUUUCUAAUGAUAGCAUGACCAGUGUCAUCAACGAUAGAACACGACUCUCUUAGCAUCCUCUUUCAGGGUGGGUAGGGGCUUAAACUGCAUUUGCACCUGGACUACGGGAAGCACGUGCACCACUCGCCACUGAUCCACCGUCAGAGGUUUCUGCCUCCACAUAGCAUCGAGCACGGGCAGCAGCCAAAGGAGCACACAGUAUGCAGGAGGCACUGCAAUUAUCACAAAAACACCGAGAUAUCGUUCCUACAGGGCGAAUUCUGUUCUUGGUUUAUCAAGAGAAACGAGAAAAUGUUGGAGGGAAUUCUUCAGCAAGACUCGAUUUUUA